AUGCCAGCACUUCCGGAGGCGUUGGUGUCAGGGGCGGGCGUAGCGUUGGAGCACUUCGAGGCCGCGAUCUCACUGGCCGAGCGCGAGGUGGCUGGUUCCCUCUCAACUCUUGUGCGCCGAAUAAACCUACCGACCAAUGCCACUAGCCCUCCAGGCCUGAUAGAAGCCAAUACGCGAGACCCCUGGAACAAGAGCGGUAAAUAUGCAUUGGCUUAUGUCUACUACUGCAUACCGCUGCUGGUUAUCGCUGGCUUGAUGCGGUACUACCACUUGUUCACGGACAAGAUCCGGACGGCUCUCCACCAAGAAGAGGUACUGAAAACUGCGAAGACCGCCUCCCCCGACUCCGACUACGAGAUGUCAGUCUUAUAUACUGACAAGUCCACUGUAAAGUUCUUUCCACGCGAAGGUCCGCUUCCUACGCCUCCAAAGUCGCAGUCGAGUGUUUCAUCGGUCGGGUUCAUUAACAAGACCGUGGCUUUGUUUCGAUUUAUCUUCUACCGGCCAAUCCGAGAAAUCCGGAUUAGGAAAGGAUGGAGACCGCUAGUAUUCCCUUCGCUCGCUGUCUGCGUCAUUGUAAUAGGUGCUCUGGCUUUGGGCAUCUGUUACACAUUCAUCCCACAGCCACUCUUUUGGAAGAGCAUUGCGUUUGGAUCACCACCCGUGGCUAUUCGAUCCGGCAUGAUGGCUGUUGCGCUGAUGCCUUGGAUAGUUGGACUAUCGAUGAAGGCGAACAUCAUCACUUAUAUCACUGGAAUCGGUCACGAGCGACUGAACGUACUACAUCGUUGGGCAGCCUACCUGUGUCUGAUCCUUAGCAUCAUCCACACUGUGCCGUUCUAUAUCACACCAAUUUGGGAGAAAGGAGCUCGACAUGUGUUCGAGUCAUUUUUCAGUCAAGAGGGAUUUUACGCCUACGGCACGGGCGUUGCAGCGCUAGUCCCGCUGUGCUUCCUUUGCGUGCACUCACUGGAGCCCUUGCGUCAUUGGAUGUUCGAACUAUUUGUUUCCCUCCACGUGCCUGUGGCCAUCGUCUUCCUCGGCAUGGUAUUCUGGCAUUGCCACAAUUACCUCACGUCUUGGAACUACCUCUUCGCAACUCUCGGCAUCUGGAUCAUCUCUUACUUCAUGCGGCUCUUCUAUCUCAACUGGGCUAAUCCAUUCAAGAUGUCAUGGUUGAUCGGAGAUGAGGCGGCUGUCACCCUCAUGCCAGAAAACGCGAUUAAGAUCACAAUACCUACCCAAACGAAGUGGAGGCCGGGUCAAUACGUCUACCUCCGGAUGCCUGGUAUUUCGGUCUUUGAGAACCAUCCUUUCACUAUCGCUUCGUUGUGCGAUGAUGACUUUCCGUCGGAAUAUGGCGAGGGUUACCGAGACAUGGUUCUUGUCUUCCGUCCUUUUGGAGGGUUUACCAACAAGGUGUUGCGCAGCGCUCUUGAGCAUGGCCCAUGGCACACUUAUCGCGCCUUCAUCGACGGGCCAUAUGGUGGUAUGCAACGACGCAUCGAGGCUUUUGACGACGUUGUGUUGAUCGCUGGCGGCAGUGGAAUCACCGCGAUUGUCUCGCAACUACUCACAUUGAUCAAGAAAAUGCGAGACGGAAAGGCUGUAACGCGCAAAGUGCAUGUCAUAUGGGCACUCAAGCGCCCCGAGACACUGGAAUGGUUCAAAGAGGAACUAAGAAUAUGUCGCGAAUUUGCACCUCCGGAAGCAGUAGAAUGCCAAUUCUACAUCACAACAGCAAAGCGCAAUGCUGGUGGCACCCUCGUCAGCGCAAAGACACCCACCCGCCCCGUAUCGCUUUAUUUCCACGACAAGGUUAACGACGCCUUCCAAAAUAUUGCUGAUCACCGCGUUUCGGGUAUUUCUUCAAAGCGCCACUCGGCACUCAUUCGCGACGAGGCGCAAGGCGACCCAGAAAAGGAGAAGGAGCUCCGCGCGGAGAACGAGGACAAUAUCACGGCACUCCCGCAAGCACGGGUGGUGCCUGUGAAGCGUUCAGGAUCCCACCUCAAUGUACCUCAAUACAAUGCGUCCAACCCGGACCUCAUAACUCCUGUGCCGCAAUCUAUCGCCUCGCGCCGGCAGGACCGCAACCUUUCUCUCGACAUCAGCACCGCGCUCAAUGCCCACCCGGAUGCCAGCGUAUAUCAGCACAACAUGACGUCUCCCACGGCUGGGCAGUCGGUACAGGGAUUUGAUUUUGGGUUCCCCUCGACCCCCACCGAGUUCCAAAAGAAUCUAAUGCGGUUCGCCUUCCUCCCGGCGGCGGUCAAGAAGAAGGAUGGGUGGUCGACCGAGUACGGGCGGCCAGACCUGAAAUUCCUGCUCCGGGAGAUGGGCCGCGACUUUGGACGAAGAACAUGCGUGUUUGUGUGUGGACCCCCAGGAAUGCGCACAGCCGUCAGCGAGACGGUGGCAGACAUGCAGAGGAGUGUCUGGAGCGGCAACUCGAGGGACGAGAUCUUCUUGCAUGCCGAGAACUACGCGCUGUGA